AUGAAUGGUGACGCCCUGGUGGGCAGCCUGGUGGAGAGGCUGAGCUCAAGGCUCCCCCACCGUACCGGCUCGCCUACCUCUGAUUUCGCUCAAGACGAAGUUGUCUUGAAGACGCGCUCGACACUCGUCAACCUCAGCGCCCUCGGGUCCAUCGCGCUCGUUCUAGACGCCCUCCUGACCGUGCUCAAGGAGCAGGCCCAGCCCUUUCGAGCUCUUCUAUCCCACCCACCGCAUAUAAUACUUUCCGAGCUCUACAUCCUCAAGCUCAUCGCCGACUGCUGCGCCAGCCACUGGUACGGCUCCCAGAAUGGCCCGAUUACCUGCAGCAGCGAUGGAUCAAGGUCGGGGACAUCCUCCCCUACCUUGGCCGGCGAGGGCCCCUUGUCCCCUGCUCAGAGAGCCACCUUUUACCCGCCCGAGUCUCUGAGCGAGAGCCUUCUAGCUCGCGUGUUUGAGGCGAUCAAGGUGCUUUUUGAGCCCAUACCCGAGAAUUAUAUCCUCCCAGCUAAGACCAUCCUCGAUGACACCUCGGCCAAGCAUAUCACUUUGCCCACCCCCGAAGAACCGACUCGAACACCACUCUCCACCCCGUCGAGCGAACCCCCCGAGACGAGCCGGCUGCUGGGGGCUCAAGCAGCCGCGAUAGAAGCUCACAUCAAGCUCAUCGUGGAAUACGUUACGGCCUCGAGCUGGCCCAAAGCAUUUGAAUACUUCCGCAACGUCAUCUACGCCGUCCGAGCCAAUGCGCCACCCCAGGGCACCCCCAUCCCCAACGCCGCCGCCGCCGAAGAGGAACGCUCCGCCUUGAUUAUGCUCAGGCUUGUUUCGUUCUUUUGGGUCGACGCCCAGAAACUGAGUCUUGUUAUUCAAGAGUUUUGUUCCAGCUUUUUGCACUUUAGAAAGUCGUUUCAGAACACGGUCGCGGUGGUGACGCCGCUGUUGAUUACAAGGUGGUUGGACAGGUACCCGGAGGAGUUUAUUGCUAUCCAUUCGAUACAGAAGCGGAGGGAGAACGCGCCGGAUACGCUGUUUGACAUGACGCAGACGGUGGUGGAUAACGGGCGGAGGAGGGCGGUGCUGUAUCCGAUGCAGAUGACGUUGCUGUUUUUGCUGCCGGACGUGUUUGAGGUGGCGAGCAACAUGCGCGAGGCCAAGUCGGGGGGUAUGGCGAAGAAGGUGCAGUUUUUGGAGGGGUUGAGGAAGGCGUUACGGAAUCGGAAUGAGCAGGCUGCUUAUUGUUUGGUGCUGUUGCUGCGAGCGGCGAGGCAUUUUGACGCGGAGAGCGACAGUGCCUUGGUUUCGUACGCGAUGGAUGUGCAGGAUGAGGUGAGGGAUGCGGUUUUUAGGCGGUUUCCUCCGGGGAGCGGUGAGGGAGGGGGGAUGUUUGAGCAGGAUGUCAUGACGGCGGCGUUUGUCUCGUUGAGUCACUUGAACUUUGAGAGCUGUGUCGACUCGUUGGCUUUGACGUGUCUGGCGCCGAGUGCGCCGCACAGCUUCAAGAUUACGGUUAUACAGGCUUGUGCGUACUUUGCGAGGCUGGAGGAGAGGGGGAGGUACCAGCCGCUGUUCUCGGCGGCGAGCGCGUUCAUUCAGGGGCAGCUGCAUACCAUGAGUGAGCUGCUGCAUGAGGGGUAUAUCGAGGAUCAGGUUGGGCAGAGGAAGGUGUUGGAGAGUGGGGGGAUGGUGAGCAUGGUGAGCAAUGUGUUGAACUUUUUGGAUGCGAGCCCGAUGACGCUUUUUGAGGGGCCGCCGACCGAGAAGAGCGAGAGGGAUCAUUUUUAUGAGGAGAAUUUGGAGGCGUUGAUUAGCUGUAUUAUUGCGAGCGAUGAGGGGAUCAGGAGGUUGGCGACGGGGGUGGCGAGACGGUUGUUUGGGGAUGAGAAGUUUAUGAUGACUGUAAGGGCGAGUAAGGGGAUUAGUUCGACGGGGUUCAAGACGAACUUUUGGAGGUUGACGUCGCUCAUAUUGAUCUUGAUAUGUGAUAGGGCGAGGUGGCCGAGCACGGCGGAUGGGCUGAGGGCUGUUCAGGGGUAUUUGGAGUCGAGGCUGCAUUUGUUAACUUCGAUUCCGGAGUUGGGCAAGAUCUCCGAGGAUGUUCCUGAGAGGACGGCUGCUUCGACAAAGUUGGAGACGUUGUUUUUGCUGUCGCUUUGCUCGGCGGAUAUCGAAAUCUGCCAGAUCGUGACGUCGUGUAUAGGAACGUUUCUCGAGGAGUGCAGGCUUAUCGACACGACUCCUGCGACGGCCAAAUCAUCACUUACGCUUUUGCGCAACGGAGAGGUGUUUGGUGAGAUUUCGUCGAGGGAUUUCAGGUUCACUGGGCUGGUUGCGUUCCAAAAGAGAAUUAGGUCCCUCCUGAGGCGUAUGCAAUACCCUAGUGCCGGUAUUCUGGAUGCCUGGGAGCUGGUCUUUGAAAGAUGGCUUCAUUUGUCCAAGGAUCUGUCUUUAAUGGCAGUCGAAGGCGGACAAGAGAGAAUGGUUGCCGAGUGGCGAAAUUACUCGGGCUUCUUGGCCUCGCUGGGUGGUAUUUGCACGGCCGAGCAGGCCAUCAAUCACGAAGAGCCUUCCAUCAGUGGGCUACGAUGGAUCGACAGGUUGUCUUCUGUGAAUCAUGAGGAGCCGCUGUUGAGUCAGUACCUGAAGUUGAGCGUUCAGCUUCUGGCAUGCGCCAACGUCAGAAUUCGUGAGACCAUCAGGGAGGUCUUGUCAACCGAGGUCCCGCCUUCGCUGUAUCAGCCCCUUUUCAAGGCAUUGGAGACGCAGCUUGAUGUCCUCUUCACUGGGGCCAUGGAGCCCAGUGUCAAGGGGCAAGACAACGACAUUAUCUUUGCAGAGCAGUCCUCUUCUCUGCUGAAGGCACUGGUGGAAAGGCUUGAUACACCAACCGACCUCGGCGCGGCAUCCUCUCUGCAUCUCGGUGCUCUUUCUCUCAACUUUGCCAAGUUUCUGGAUGGCGUCCCUGACACUCCUUCCUGCUUGCGGGUGAAGAUCAAGAUCUGUCAGCUCUGCGAAGCUGUCACAAAACGAAAAGAGCAUCUCAAUCUGCGUGAUGAUGUCCGCAACCGCAAUCAGCUGCUCGAGUACAUCUUUAGCUGGAUCGCCCGGCCACGCUCACCACGUGGUGACAACACCGGCUACGGCAGCAACAGCAGUCGUGAGAACGAGAUGGUGCGUGUCCAGCGGGACCUCGACAGGGCCUGCCUCAGAGCUUUGGCUGAACUCACUUACCGUCUUCCUCUUCAACCAGGCGAUGGUCAGACAGAUGCUGGCACGAGUGAGCUCAAGUCACAGAUGUUCCACCAGUACUUCAACCGCUUCCUCUCGCUGCUCAACAUGGACUCGGCCAGCUCGGUCGAGUUUGGCAGCACUCACCGCGGUCAUCAGUUCACCAAAGAUGCUGAUGUAGCCACGCCUGCUGAUCUUGCUAUUUCAAUUUUAUCGAACCUUCUCAGUGCCAACAUCGAUGUGGGACUGAAGCAUUCGCUGAGCAUAGGGUACCACGAGAAUGUGGAGAUCAGGACGGCGUUCCUCAAGGUGCUUCAUAAUAUCCUGGUGCAGGGUACCGAGUUCAACAACCUCAGCGAUGCGGCCGUGAGCGAAAAGUACGAUGAGCUGAUUGAGCUGUUAAUCAACGACACCAGCUUGGCUACGGCGAUGAGCGCCGUCUGCCCAAGUCACGACAUGGACGAGCUAACCAUUUCGUUAUUGAACAUCUUUGAGACGAGGGGGCUCACCUUUGUGUUACUCGAGGCUCUCAUAAAACAAGAGGUCGACGAUACGGAGAGCGAGCCUGAAUUGCUCCGGAGAACGUCGGUGGCAAGCAAGAUGCUGUCCAUCUACGCCAAGUGGAAGGGCGUUGGGUAUCUCAAGGGCACGCUGCAGAAUGUGGUCGAACGGUUGAUGCUGACGUCCAGGGACCUGAACCUGGAGCUUGACCCGACGAGGGUGACGAGUCCGGAGGAGCUGCAGACAAACGCGGAGCACCUGCAGAUUGUGGCCAAGGUGUUUAUCGACAACAUCUGCGCUUCGACGGACAGCAUGCCGGCGACAUUUCGAAAGAUUUGCAACAUCAUCUCGACGACGGUGGUGCAAAAGUUUCCGGACUCAAAGUACACGGCCGUGGGGGCGUUUAUCUUUUUGAGGUUCUUUUGCCCGGCCAUUGUGGCGCCCGAGGCCGAGGGGUUGGUGUCGACGCCGCCGUCAAAGGAGAUGAGGAGGGGGUUGUUGCUGAUCGCGAAGGUGGUGCAGAACUUGGCGAACAAUGUGCUCUUUGGGGUCAAGGAGCCGUACAUGUUUCCGCUUAUUGAGUUUUUGACGAAUAAUAUCUAUCGGGUGACGACGUUUCUGAGGGAGAUUUCGGCUCCUAUGAGUAAUUUCGAGAAUCCACCCAGUGGCGAGUCGUUCGACUUUGGUAGCUGUGUUGGACUGCACAGGUUUCUCUAUGAGCAUUGGGACCAGGUUCGGUUGAGGCUCAAGGCGCAGGAAAGACGAGAGCUGGUGAGGUCGCCUUCGGGAACGACACGCGCUCGGUCACCUGUUUUGGAGCCGCUGAGGAAUUUGAUUAUGAAUCACUUGGGCCCGACGCCGCUGGCGGUUACUUGGAACAGGCCACAGAUCUCGGCAAACAGCCCACCGGCGUAUUCCAGGUUCCAAGACUUUAUGCUUCGCAAUGCUUUCCGUAGCACGGAGUCUUUCCUUACCGCGAGAGCAGUCUAUGAUGGUGGUGAGAGCAAGGACGGGCUGUCUAUCAUUUGCAUUAUUCUCAGGAACAUUGAUGCCGAGUCGAUUGAUUACGACACGCUGAUCUACUGCUACCUCAAGAUUGCCAGCAGGCUGUGGCAUCGUCCGUUUGGCCUGCUGAUCGAUGCCACCUGCUACAAUGGGCAGACGGAACCGAAGGACGAGCUGUUCCAAAAGCUCGAACAGCUGACGCCCACCGAGCUGUCAAAGCAGCUGGCACGGAUCUACAUUUACAACAUGAACAGCGCCUGCAAGAAGUGCUUCCGCCGCGUUCUCAGGAUAUCAACCCGGAACGAAGCCAGCGUCUUCAGCCCCAACAACGUCGAGUACCACCUCAUCGGCAGCUUGCAGGACCUGCAGGCGCACUUCCACCUCAGCCAGCUGCACCUCCCCAAGGAGACCAUCAGUGUGGUGACUGACACGCGAUACGUCUUUCAGCCCAUCACUAGGCUGUCCAAGUCCAAGGGCAAGAUUGACGUGGUCAUCAAGGUGGGCAGCCAGUUUGUUCAGGUGACCACCACCAAAAAGCAAGACGUCCCCGGGUUCCGCCUCAACACGACUGUUAAUGACAUUUUCCGGUUGGGCGACGUGGACGAGGCGCCGACUUCGAUCCAGACGGAGGAUGACUCUGCUUUUGGGUUGCGGGCGGACAACGGCAAGAUUGUCAUGUACUUUACCAGUCCCAAAAAGGCGGAUGUGCUGCAGGCGAUCAGGGCUGCCAAGGCCAAAUAUGGGAAAGAUACGAGAGCUCUCAAGUCGUUUGAUCGGUUGAUUCGACCGCAGGAUGUGCCUGGGACGUUGCUCAACCUGGCGUUGACGAACCUGUCGAGCGGGGAUCCGAGGCUGAGGCUGGCGUCGUAUAACCUUUUGAGUGCGCUGUGCAAGGCUUUCAAGUUUAGCGCCGCGUCGAUGCUGAUGAGCGGGAAGGACAUCUCCAUCCCGCCUGACCCGUCGAGGUUUAUUGUCGGCAUCAGCAAGAAGCUCGCCCAGGCGGAGCCGCAGCUGACGUCGGAUUUUCUGAAUGAGUUCUUUGUCGGGUGGGACAGCUUUUCGGAUGAGCAGAAGCCUCUUAGUUUGGAGUACAUGGCUCCCUGGAUUCCUAGCCUGCGGACGUCGCUCUUAGCGAGUGAAAGUGAGAGUGAUAAGGGGAGGGAGAAGAUUGCGGCGCUGUUCCGGAAGCUGAUUGAUAUUACGCUUAAUGAUCCGACGCUGAUGAAUACACUGGGGCAUUCGGUGUGGCCGGUUAUCCAAAGGGAUGAGGUGCUGCUGGACAUUUUGCUUGAUGAGAUCAUUAAGACGGCGCUGAGCAUUGGGUUCAUGGAUGAGCAGACGGAGGUGUUGGCUUCGGUGGCGAGUCAGAUUGGGACGAUCACCCUCAGGGCGAGGUUCAUCUCGCGGUUGAGGAAGGCGUUGAAUCGGACUUCGCUCAGGCCGACGAGGUCGUUGCCGGAUAAUGCGGUUUGGAACGAGAUUUGCGUCUUGCUUCAGUUUUGCAAGGCGUUGGCGUUUGACAGCGGGGUGCAGGCGCAGAUGUACCUGGCCGAGAUUUUUCACAUUGUGACGAUGCUGGCCAAUACUGGCAUGUCGGAUGUGAGGGUGACGGUGCAUCAGCUGUUGACCAACACGCUGCAUUCGGCGUGCACGCACUUUGAGCUGGACGAGGCGAGGCAGGGGAAGAUGAGGGCGACGUUGGAGAUGUUGUCGGACAGCAAGAGCGAGAUCUUUGUGAAUUCGGUCAUGUCGUUGAGGGAUGGGGCGUCGAUCUCGACUAAUCAGGAGGCGGGGAGCACGCUGGGCGCGACGGAGAGCCUGGCGGCGAUAUUGUUUGAGACUUGCUCGGUUGCAGCGCCGUCGGUGGAUUUGGCGAAUGCGUGGAGGUCGAGGUGGAUGAGUUUGGUUGCUAGCACGGCUUUUCAGAACAACCCGGCUAUUCAGCCACGCGCUUUUACCGUCAUGGGCUGUCUCGCGAGGGAAGAGGUUGAUGAUGAUUUGCUUUAUCAAGUCCUCGUCGCGCUGAGGAACAGCGUGGGCAGGUUUGGUGACGACACGAGCAGCGACAUGCUCGUUGCCAUUGUCACCUCCCUCUCCAAAAUGAUGGCCAAGCUCCCCUCUGCGUCACGAUAUGGUCUGCAGCUCUUCUGGCUGGCCAUGUCCCUCUUGCGACUCGUCCCACCAAACCUGUUCAAUUGCACCGCCAUGUUCCUCGAGUCGGUCCUCACCAACAUCAGCACUUCGGGUGACAUGCGAGGAGAGAAGAUGGUGCCCUAUCUCCUCCAGGGUAGGGUCCAACUGGAAGAAGCGGCCCUCCACCUCGACGAGGCGUACGGCAUUCACUUCAACGCGGAAAACUUUCACUUUGCAGCCUGUGCCUGUCUUGUUCGGGGCCUCACAGACGCAUUCACGAGGACAACAGCAUUGAGAGUGCUGUCCACCUUUCUAGAAAUGACAACCUGGAACGACCCGGCCCCACCACGAGGUAAUCCUUUGUCCUCGUCCUUUUCAACCGACCGAUCCAUCCGCGACCUGGCCGGGUCCCCUUACAUGGCCCUCAUGCUCGCCCGAACGGUAUCGAUUGAUGAAUUACGAGAAAAUCUCUGGUCGGUAGGCAUCAACCCAUCUGGUCUGUCGGAUUUGGUAUCACUCCGCUCAGCUCAGGACCUUGUCCUCCUCAAGGAUAAAGACUUGCUUCUCAACACGGCCAUCGAGCUGGUCGAUUUUCAGUAUCUGGACGAUGCGGUGCAGUACCGGAGUCUGCAGUGGCUGAACGAGGUUACGAGGGAGAGGCCGGGGGUGAUGGGGCAUUUGUUUGGGCAUGUGGGGUGGUUGCUGGAUGAUAUUUUUAAGCACUGCCAGAGUUCGACGACGUUGGAGGCGGCGCAUGUGCUGCUGCAGACGGGGUUGAGGUUUAGCACGCAGGAGCAGAGGCCGGAUUUGGGGGAGACGUUGGAGGGGAUGGGAUUUGGGGGUUGUGGAGGAGCUGCGGGAGUAGUUUUGGGGGUGGGGGAGGGGUUGGGUUUGGAGGGGGAUGGGAUGGGGGGGAUGAUGGGGGAGGGGGGGAGAGGAGGUGUUUUGGGUUGA